AUGGAAGCCCCGAUGUCGACACAGGAGCAACAGCUCUGCCAGGCCUUGCUGGCGAUGCCUGGCAAGUACCGAUACCGCUAUAGCGAAGAGGCAUCGCGCGAACUUCUUCUCACCCUUUUCUGGUCCAUGGCCGGUGGAAAAGAUGAAUACAUGAAGCUCUUCUUUCCCGAAGGGGACCCACGAAACACCUCCCUCAAGCUCAGGGAUGUGCAAGGUGCGGUUGAGGGCGCCGAAUACACCGAAGCUGCCCGUGGCAAGGCCUGUGGUCACAUUUUCAAACAAGGAGAGGCGUCAUAUGCGUGCAAGACUUGUAGCGCAGAUGAUACCUGCUGCCUGUGCAGCAAAUGCUUUGAAGCCACCGAUCAUACAGGCCAUAUGGUCCGCAUCAGCAUCUCUCCCGGAAACAGCGGGUGUUGCGACUGCGGAGAUUUGGAAGCGUGGAAGCGGCCCAUGUUUUGCACAAUACAUUCCAUGUGGGAGGGCGACCGCAACAAGGGCAAAGGGAAGGUGACAAGUCUCCCGGAGGAUCUGGUCAGGAAUAUCAGGAUGACCAUCGGCCGCGUCUUCGACUACAUGUGCGACGUCAUCUCUUGUGCCCCCGAGCAGCUUCGCCAAACCAAAACCGUUGAGUCUAUUCAGGAGGAUGAGAGGCUUUCGAGGUUAUCGUCGACCUACUGUGGUGGAGAAACCGACUCGCCGGGGGAGUAUGCCGUUCUGCUGUGGAAUGAUGAGAAGCACACAGUGGUCGACGUGCGUGACCAAGUGGCUCGGGCUUGCAACACUACGCUUGCCAACGGCUUGAAAGCUGCUUACGAGACCGAUGCCAUUGGUAGGAGCAUCCUGAUGUACGACGAGAGUGUGAAAAACCUGCUCGACGUAGCUGAGAUACUGGAGAGGAUAAGGGUUACCGUCACCAUUCGCUCUUCAAGGGAUACCUUCAGAGAGCAAAUGUGCGGCACGAUAAUUGAGUGGCUUAGAGAUAUCUCUGGCUGUCAAGUUGGCCAUGAUCAUCAGAUCUUGAGAAACAUCGUGUGCGAGGAAAUGCUUAAGCCUUGGAGGAAAGGCAGCCCUGCGGCUCAUGCCAUUGUCGGCAAGGAUGGCAUUGACGAUGAAGAUCGCAUUGACCAAGAAGAGAACGUGCCGAGUGGUUUCUACGAACAGCAGGGCAGGCUUUUGCUUCAGGCACGCCAAGCUGCCCGUAGAAUGGCAGAGGCUCGUGAGGCUGGUGAUGACGAAGGGGACGAAGAUGAUGAAGACGGGGAUGAGAUCAUUGUCUCUGGUGGAGAGAUGGAUGAGGACGAGGACGAUGACGAAGAUGUCAUGAUGCUUGACGAACAAGGCGACGCAGCCGGGGAUGAUGUUGCUAUGACCGACUGGCGAGAAGUUCGGGUGGUGCAGGUAGUCCCCGCCACUGCUGCUGGCCAUCCUCCUCCGCCACCUCCCCCUCCGGCACCGGCUACUGCUACGGCUCAUCGGCGAACCAUUCGGGAACGUGAGCAUACUCCUGAUGAUUCCGAUACCGCCGAACCGCUCAUCGCGCCGAAUAUCUACACCAAGGCCCACCUCGACAUCCCCAAAACCCCAGGCAGUCCCAAAGCCAAGACAUCGCCUCCAAAUCCUGGACGUUACUGGUUGCAGACUCCUGCCGGUUACGUAGAAGAGAAGGACAUUCCGGUUGCCGAAGACCUCUUCGAACGUGUCCGUCUAGACUGGCUGAUUUUAUUCGAUCUGCGGAUGUGGAAGAAGGUUCGCUGUGAUCUUCGGUCAUUAUACAUUUCAACUGUCGUCACUAUCCCCGAGUUCAAACGCGUACUUGGCUUGAGGUUUGCUGGCCUCUACACCACCCUGGCUCAGUUGUAUCUCAUUGGAGAUCGUGAGCCAGAUCACUCUAUCAUUAACAUCUCCUUGCAGAUGUUGACAACCCCUUCCAUCACCGCCGAAAUCGUUGAGCGGGGAAAUUUCCUUACCAGUCUGAUGGCCAUUCUUUACACAUUCCUGACUACUCGUCAAGUGGGGCACCCUUGGGACGUGGCAAGCAACGCCGUUCUGUCAUUCGAUUCAGGUUCGGUCACGAACCGGCGCAUGUAUCAUUUCUUCUUAGAUCUCAAGUAUCUCUUUGGGUCUCCGCACGUUCAGGAACGCCUUCGGACAGAGGAGCGGUACAUGAUGCAGUUCCUCGAUCUCGUCAAGCUUCAUCAAGGCAUUUGCCCGAAUGUCAGGGCUGUCGGCGAACACGUCGAAUAUGAGACAGAUAGCUGGAUCAGCGCAUCUCUUGUCACACGCGAGAUCAACAGACUCUGCAGACAGUUCGCUCAAUCCUUCCGGAACGUCAAGGAACAUGGUUUGCAGUAUGUCAAUAAUGCAAUCAGACUGGCUGCAAAGGUUACUAUCAUCAACUCCCUUGGUGCUGAGCGUCACCGGUUCAACCAGUCGGAAAUCAAGGAAGAGGUUUCGUUCAGAAACCUUAUGGAUUUCGAGUUUGAGCCACCAGGGCGAAGCUUCAAGGUCGUCCACUUUGUGGUGGAAGAACAGCCUAUCAGUUUCCAUCACGCGCUUCAUUACACUUUGUCGUGGCUUAUCGAGUGUGGCAAGUCGAUGAGCAUUGACGACCUGCGCAAGCUCCUUACUUUCGAAACCACAGACUUGCUGGCAAAGCCCCAGCCGAUGGGUCGAAAGUCCAUGCCCCGCGGUAACUUCACUCCGGAAGAUUAUCUCCUUGCCGCCUUUGAUUUCCCCCUUAGGGUAUGUACUUGGCUUGCGCAGAUGAAGGCGGGCAUGUGGGUCAGGAAUGGUUUGAGCUUGCGUCACCAAGGAGGAACUUACCGCGGCGUGAGCCAAAGAGAUGUAUCCCACAACAGGGACGUAUUUCUGUUGCAGACCGCUCUUGUUGUCUGUGACCCAAGCCGUGUUCUUGCCUCGAUUGUCGACCGCUAUGGCAUGGAGAAGUGGAUCAAAGGGUUCUUUGAACAAAAAUCCAAGGCACAAGAUGACAAUCAACAUCUGGAUGUUGUGGAAGACAUGCUUCAUCUGCUCGUCGUCCUCGUCAGCGACCGUACAUCCCUUACGCAAAAUGAGGAUGAAGCAAGCCCCUCCAACGCGGCCACGCGUCUCAAAGCCAGCCCCCUCAUCGCGGCCAUGCGUCGUGACCUCACGCACGUCCUCUGCUUCAAACCGUUGUCGUUCUCAGAGAUCUGCAACAAACUGCCGGAUAAGUUCCACGAGCACGAGGAUUUCCACAAGCUGUUGGAUGAGAUGACCAUUUACAAGGCACCUGAGGGGUUGACAGACGUUGGCACCUUUGAGCUCAAGCCGGAGUUCAUUGAGGAUGUAGAUCCUUACAUCGCGCACUAUAACAAGAAUCAACGCGAAGAGUCAGAAAUGGCAUGGCGCAAGUGCAUGGCUAAGAAGACCGGCCACUCGAUCGAGGAUGUCGUGUAUGAGCCCAACCUUCGUCCAAUCACUUCUGGAGUCUUUGCUGGGCUGUCUGAUUUCACUAGGACCGGCAUGUUCGCCCAGAUUAUCUAUUACUCCCUGCUCUAUACUCUCACAUCCUCCAAGUUCACGCCCCAGGUCCCCACGACUCGGGUCGAGACCUUCCUCCAGGUCGUCCUGCAUCUGAUCUUGAUCGCCAUCAAGGAAGAUAAAACAAGUGAGCAGGAUAUUCAGCGACCGUCAUUUGUCUAUCGUUCUCUCGGUCACCAGGCACGCAGCAACUUCAUGCCAGAGAACCCGACGGCAAAGACUAUCGUUGCACUCUUGAAUUUACUUAGUGCAGAGGAUGCUUUCAAGACGGUUCAUCCGAAGAUCAACCUGAUUCUGAAAAAGAUGCGGAAACAGCGACCCCAGGACUUCGAGUGUGCUUACCAUAACCUUGGUCUCUCAGUAGACCACAUCGACGCUGGCAUGCCUGACAGCCAGAACACUGAUGAGGAGCGUGAGAAGAAGAAGAAGGCUGCACUCGCCCGUCAAGCUCGUGUUAUGGCACAGUUUCAGGCCCAGCAAAAGAGUUUCAUGGAGAAGCAAGGAGAAAUCGACUGGGGUGAUGUGGACGAUAUCGAUGAGGACGAGGACAUGCCAGCUGCCGAGGAACAUAAGAACUUUUGGAAGUAUCCAUCAGGGACAUGCAUCUUAUGCCAGGAAGAUACAGAUGAUCGCCGUCUCUACGGAUCCUUCGCCUUCUUCACCGAGAGUAACAUUUAUCGGCAGACUGAUCUCCAGGAUCCGGAUUUUGUGAGGGAAGCGUUCAAGACCCCCGAAAACUUGGACAGGUCUGCCGAGAGUAUCCGGCCCUUUGGAGUUGCCCAUGAGAACCGCCAGGUUGUCCAAAAGGUUAACCAGGAGGGAGACAUAUUCGAAGACGAGCGCUCCGUCAUCGGAAAAGGCUUCCCGUCGCACCUGUCUCGUUCCGGCCCUGUCUCGACCGGGUGCAGCCAUAUCAUGCAUUACGGUUGCUUCGAAGCAUACUUUGAUGCGACUGUACGCCGUCAUAACCAGCAGAUCGCAAGACACCCUCCCGAGGACACGAAUAGACUGGAGUUUGUGUGCCCCUUGUGCAAAGCUCUGGGCAAUGCGUUUCUCCCCAUCGUCUGGAAAGGACAGGAAGAAUCUUACCCUGGUCCAUUGUCGCCAACCGAGUUGUUCAACCCGUGGCUGGACAAACAGCUGCAUUCUGCAUAUUACGUCCUGGGAGCGGCAAGGCCUGCAGACGAAACCCAGCAUUCCUUUGCAUCAUACACGGCGAAGACAAUGGUCCACAAUCUUGCCGAAGAUUCGUCUCAGCUGUUUGGUGAUGCGUGGGUAGACCUGGGGGGCUCGGUCAAGGUCAAGUGGGACGCCAUUCAGCGACUCCUUUUCGAUUAUCUCAGCUACUGA